UUUUCUCUCCAAAAUUUUCACUUUACAAAAUUUCAAUCAUUUUUCUAUCUUCAUUUCAAUUCAAAUUCUUCUUAUUCCUUGUUUUUUUUCCUGGCUUUUCACCAUCAUAAUGAUGAUGAAUAAUAUGAUCAAAGAUUUCAAACAGGUUGAUAAAACUAAUCUUGAACAAAUGACUUUAAAUCUUUGGAAUGAUAGUUCUAUCAAUGUUAAUAAUAAUGGUUUGAAUACAAUUCUGGAAGAAUCAUCAAAUGAUUCAUUAGAUUCGGGUAUUAGUAUGGUGGAAAAACGUGAAUCAUGGCGUCAAUCAUCAACAUCACCAUUUCGAACAACAAAUAUGAAUCGAACAACAAUGAUGAUGAAUAAUGUGGAUCAUUCAAAUCAAUUAUUGAUGCCGGUUAUUAAUCGUCGACCAUCAUCAUCAUCAUCGAAUUUGGUUAUGAAUGGCGAUUCAUUAAUGAAUCAAAUGUGUACAUUAUAUACCGAUAUGUCAUUCGAUGAUCGUAUAUUUUUUGGUGUACAUAAUUUUUUCCUAUUGAAAUGUUCAUUAUCCGAAAAUCAAUGUAAUGUUGAUUUUUCUGCAAACAAUAAUAAGGUAUCGAUAAUUGGUAAAGCGGAAAAUGUAGCCAAAAUUUGUAAAUCAUUUUUUCUACAUUCAACAUUUGCAUUACAAUUUGAAUUCUAUUUUUUUGAUGAAACAACAUGUGCUGAUUAUAUGAAAGAACGUUUUCCAUCAGUACAAAAAGAAUAUGAACAAUGGGAUGUUUAUAUAUCGUAUCGUCCGGAAAAGCCAAACAUAUUAUUGUUUACAUUUUUAACAUUUCGAAAAUUUUUCGUUCGUCUUAUUCAAUCGAUGAUAAAUUUUCAAAUGCAAUUAGAAUUCUAUCAAUUAGGUCGUGUAAUGCCAAAUUUUAUGAGUACAUUACAAAUACCGAUUACUCGGCGUGAAGGAAAUCUUAUCAAUAGUAAUUAUUUGGAAUCAAUUGAACAUGAAACCGGUACUAAAAUCAAAUUAAUUCGUUAUCAUGAUUGUCAUCAUUAUCCAUUUGGAAAUGUUAUCAUUACUGGUGUUGAUAUUUUAUCGGUUAUACAGGCUCGUUGGUUGAUUACUACACGUUUUGAAUAUGAAUUAAAAUUUCAGGUUACCAUAUCGGAUAUAUCAUUACUGGUAAAAUGUAUUUCAAGUUUGAACUAUGAUCGAAGUUUGAUCGAAGUGACCAUAUCACCAUGUGCAUCGAACCCAAGUUUAGACUCAAAAAUUCUAUCAAUCAAAACAAAUGAAAAACAUAUUGAUAAAAUAUUUUCCAUUCAUAAAGAACUUAUUGAUUCAAUGAUGAUCAAUGGUAUUAUUGCCAAACACUAAACAUUUGAUCACAAAAUUAACCCCAAAGAAUAAUUUUUUUUGGCCCAAAUAUUAUUAUUACUUUUUCAUAUCAAAAAUUGUCGACAUUGUCGUUGAUAUCAAUCUCAAUUAUCUUUGAUGAUUAAUUUUCUUUAAAUUUUUGUUGUUUCUUGAUCUUUCAAUGUUUAUC